CAGAUACUGUUCUUGAAGAGCAUGGAUCAUCCAGUGGAUGAAUCUUGAGCUUCUGGGUCAGAAACUGAGAUUUCCUUCCCUUUUUCAUGAAGGAUGGCAACACCAUAUGUUCCUGUUCCUAUUCCUAUUGGGAGUUCAUCUUCCAGCUUUACAAACAGAAACCAAAGAAGUUCUUCAUUUGGGAGCAUCUCAACAAGCUCAAGCUCCUCCAAAGGGCAGCUGGAGGACUCUGCUGUGGGUAGUUUUAAAAAGAUGAGCCUGCCUGACCAGACUGGCCCUACAUCAUCUGUGUGCAGUAGCCCGCUUGUUAGGACUAAGUUUACAGGCGUGGACACAUCCAUUGAAUACUGCUCUCAGCCCGUGGAAGACACGGAGCAGAACGCAGAUUCCAGGAGCUGGGAAGAUCGACCGUCCACUCCUACUAUACUGGGUUAUGAGGUGAUGGAGGAAAGGGCAAAAUUCACUGUGUAUAAAAUACUAGUAAAAAGAAGUCCAGAGGAAAGUUGGGUAGUUUUCAGGCGGUACACUGACUUUUCCAGGCUUAAUGACAAGCUCAAAGAUAUGUUUCCAGGCUUUCGAUUGGCUCUGCCACCAAAGCGCUGGUUCAAGGAUAAUUAUAAUCCUGACUUCUUGGAAGAUCGACAGUUGGGACUACAAGCUUUCCUCCAAAACCUAGUAGCUCAUAAAGAUAUUGCUAACUGCCUUGCAGUGAGAGAAUUUCUUUGUCUGGAUGAUCCUCCAGGUCCUUUCGAUAGUCUAGAAGAGAGCAGG